AUGGCCAAAGACAAGAAGAAGGCGGGCAAGGCCGACGCCAAACAGGCCAAAAAGGCCGAGAAGAAGGCCAAGCAGGAGAAGAAAGGCGAGAAGAAGAUCAAGUCCAAGAGCGCCAAGCUAGAGGGCAGCGAUGCCGAGGACGUGGAUCUCGAUAACAUCCUCGAGGAGUACAAGAAGCAGCAAGAGCAGUUUCUCAAGGUUACCGAGACCGUGUCCGAGGCUGCACCCAAGCCUCGCUCGGCCUCGACCUUCCUAGCCUCCCCGUCCAACAGCAACCAGCUGCUCCUCUUCGGCGGGGAGAACUAUAACGGUGCCAUUGCCACGUUCUACAAUGACCUCAACAUCUACUAUAUUGACCGGGAUGAAUGGCAUUGCGUCACAUCCCCCAAUGCGCCUCUGCCUCGCUCGGGCCACGCCUGGUGUAGGGGAGGCAACCAGAGCAACUCCGUCUUCCUGUUCGGUGGUGAGUUCAGCAGUCCCAAGCAGGGGACCUUCUACCACUAUAAUGACUUCUGGCGGCUCGAGCCCAGCAGCCGAGAAUGGACCCGGAUUGAGUCCAAGGGCAAGAGUCCUCCCGCCAGAAGUGGCCAUCGUAUGACUUACUAUAAAAACUACAUCAUCCUAUUUGGCGGAUUUCAAGAUACCUCAAAUCAGACCAAAUAUAUGGCUGACCUAUGGCUCUAUGAUACGCAAAACUUUGUCUGGCACAACCCUACACUUCCAGCCGCGCAGUUGAAACCAGACGCAAGGUCGUCGUUCACCUUCUUGCCUCACGAUCAGGGCGCUGUCCUGUUUGGUGGAUAUUCCCGGGUGAAAGCCACGGUAUCGGCGAACAAGUCUGCAAAGGGCGCGUCGCAAGGACAGAGAAAUAUCUUGAAGCCAAUGAUUCACCAGGACUGUUUCUUUUUACGCAUUACCCAGCCUCCCAACGACGCUCCUGCUAAUACCCCCCCAACCGUCCGGUGGGAGAGGCGAAAGAAGCCGGCCAACACUCCCAAUCCAGCCCGAGUUGGGGCAACCAUGGCGUACCACAAGGGCCGUGGCAUCAUGUUUGGCGGAGUGCAUGAUGUGGAACAGAGUGAGGAGGGCAUGGACAGCGAGUUCUUCAAUCAGUUAUUUGCAUGGAAUGUUGAGCGCAAUCGCUUCUUUCCUCUGGCUCUUCGCAAGCCCAGAGCUCAAAAGAAGAAUGCAGGCACCGAACAGCGAGUUGGACGACGCGGUCGAGCGCAAGCCAACGAGGAAGAACUCCUGAAACAAUUGGCAGCAUUACAAGCUGGGUCCUCGCUAGAAGACGUUGAUAACAUUGAUAUUGACAUCAAGCCCAAAGACGAACCGGAGGAGCCCGAAAAGCCAGUGCGAGAGAUGCCAGUUUCUAUGGAGCUACCCCAUCCGAGAUUCAACGCCCAACUGACCGUCCAAGAUGACGUACUUUACAUGUACGGUGGCACUUUCGAAAAGGACGACCGCGAGUUCACGUUCGAUGACCUGUACGCCAUCGACCUUGGCAAGAUGGACGGCUGCAAGGAAAUCUUGAGCCGUGAGCUCGAGGAUUGGGUUGGCUCGGAGGAUGAGGACUCUGAAGAAGACGAUGAGGAUGAUGGCGAAGACGAAGAUGACGAAGAAGAAAACGAAGAAGGCGAUGUCGAGAUUGCAAACGAGGAGGAGAUCCGCCAGCCCAGCAAGAGGAAGAAGAAGCAAGGCGACGAAGAGUCCAAUGCCGAUUCGUCAACCACCGCCAGUACCAGCGCGACAGAGGAGGAGAGUGAAGCCGACACCACGGCGACGUCUGUUGAUGAUGGCCUACCUCACCCCAGACCCUUCGAGUCCCGAAGGGAGUUCUUCACGCGCACGUCCAACGAAUGGCAGGAGAUCUUGAUGACGAACUUGAGAUGGAAGAAUAUCCAGCCGGAAACCCUGGCCAUCAAGGAAAUCAAGACGAAGGCAUUUGAACUGAGUGAAGAAAAAUGGUGGGAUUGUAGGGAGGAGAUCACAGCAUUGGAGGACGAACAGGAGGCUGCUGGUAUUGUCACGAGUCCUCUGGCAGACACGUUCGCUCUCCCGGUUGCCGUAUUGUUGUUCGAAACGCUCGAUACUACUCAUUCCCGCGUCGUCACUCACUGCACCACGAGGCCUGGUUGCAGCGUCCCAGCUGCCAAGAUGCCUAUCGGUAUUCAGCGGCUCAACGCGAAGAAGUCGCAGCCAAACUCACUCAUCGUGUUCAUCAAGCCACUGAAAGGACCAGAUGAAGCUGUAGCUCAGGAUUUCCUCGAGCGCAUUGCGGCGCAAUGUCUGCCUGUUAUGAGGGAGCACCACCUCUCGGUGAUGUCUCUCGAGGAGUAUGAACCAAACCGGGAGUUCGUUGGGCGCAGAUGGCUGCCGUUCAAUUACGUGCAGAUGGUGAUGAUGCAUGAGCUGGCCCACUGUAAGCAGAUGAACCAUUCCAGAGCAUUCUGGGCCGUGAGAAACGGGUACGCAGACCAUAUGCGCACACUAUGGUCACAGGGCUACACAGGUGAAGGACUCUGGGGACGAGGCGCCCUCCUCACGACCGGCGAGUUUGAGACCAACACCGUGCGACCAGACGAGAUACUCCCGGAGCAUCUUUGCGGCGGCACAUAUCGUUCACGGCGACGCAAGCGCAAGGCGAAGGAUCAGCUCACCUAUCAGCAGAGGAAGGAGCGGCGGAUCCUGAAGAAGUUCGGCGCGAAUGGCGUGGCGUUGGGCGAAGAUGAAGAGGUCAAGGCCGAGCUGGAAAAGGGCAAGAGAACCCAAGCAAAGCCACGAGUGGCGGGCAGCAAGAGGGGACGCGAGCUGAGGGCGGCGGCGGCACUGGCUAGAUUUGACCAAAACAAGAAAGCCGCGGACGAGGAGGACGAGAAGACGAUCAAGGUCAAGGAUGAGGACGAAACGGCAAGUGAACAAGAAUCAGAGACAGCGAGCGAGGACGAAGAAAACGUCGACGCUACAGACAUCAACGGAAAACGACUGCUCGAUGGCAAAGGCAACCGCAUGAUCAAGGUGUGCGAGGAUGAGAAUCCAGACGACGUCGAUGCUAAGAGGGAGCUACGAGAAUUACAGUCUUCUAUGGCUGUCAGCCCUGCCCGACCGGUGGCCCGUACGACACCAUCAGCCAACAGCGCUUUUAUAAAGCGUGAGGAAGAUGAGAAUGACACACGUGCGGAUAUAUCCAGACUUCGCUCCCCCAAUACCGCGAAAGAAUCAUCUACGCAUGGAUCUUCCAAAGCAGCCGUUCAGAAGCAGGAGACGGGGAUCGCCACACGUAGGUUGGAAAACGUCAAGCCAAACAACAAGCUUCCGCAAGAUGCAGCCGAGACCAUCAACACUCCUGCUGCCGCUGCCAAACCGAAUCCUCCUACCGAGCGUGCAGGAGUUUGCCAGAUGUGCUCAUACGAAAACGGGCCCGUUUGCUUAAUAUGCGCCAUCUGCUCCCAUGUACUGGAUGGCAGAAAAGACCCCCGAUCUUGGAGCUGUUCCAGUCAGACUUGCAAGGGAAGUCAAUAUCUCAAUGCUGGCGACGUUGCAGUCUGUGGAGUGUGUGGUGAGCGAAAACACAUGUUAUGA